AUGCCGCAGCUCGCUGGUAAACAAGUCGGCCCCAUUGGCUACGGCCUGAUGGGCUUAACGCGGCCAGACAGCACGCUGUCCGACGACGAGAAGUUUGCCGCCAUGCGCGCCGCCCUCGAUGCCGGCGCCAACUUUUGGAACGGCGGCGAGUUUUACGGACCGGAGUCGGCCAACUCGCUCGUGCUGCUCGAAAAGUACUUUGCAAAGUACCCCGAAGACGCCGACCGCGUCGUCCUCAGCAUCAAGGGCGGCAUGGACAAGCCCAACACCUACACGCCCGACAGCCGCCGCGCCAACGUGCGCCGCUCCGUCCUCGACAGCGCCGCCCAGCUGCAGGGCCGCAAGGUCAUGGACCUGUUCGAGGUCGGCCGCCACGACCGCGUCACGCCCUGGCCCACCACCGUCGCCGCCUUCCAGGAGCUCAUCCAGGAGGGCGCCUUCCGGGCCAUCUCGCUGUCCGAAGUGACCGCCGCCUCCGUCCACGCCGCCGUGGCCGCCGCCGCCUCCGUCGGCGCGCCCCCGAUUGCCGCCUGCGAGGAGGAGCUGUCCCUGCUGACCGCCGACAUCCUGACCGACGGCGUCGCCGCCGCCUGUGCCGCGCACAACAUCCCCAUCGUCGCCUACUCGCCCGUCGGCCGCGGCCUGCUGACCGGCCAGGUCCGCUCGCAGGCCGACCUGUACGGCGCCAUGGCCCGCUUCCCCCGCUUCUCCGCCGACAACCUGCCCCAGAACCUGCAGCUCGUCGACGCGCUCGCCGCCUACGCCGCCCGCAAGGGCUGCACCCUGCCCCAGCUGGCCAUCAACUGGGCGCGCUGCCAGUCGCUGCGGCCCGGCAUGCCUGCCACCAUCAUCCCCAUCCCCGGCGGCACCACGGUGGAGCGCGUGCGCGAGAACCUCAAAGUCGUCGACCUGACCAUUGAGGACUUGGACGCGCUGGACGCCAUUCGGGCCAAGCACGACGUCCAGGGUGGCCGCUACCCGGGCGGAAUGCCAGGGAAGGCGUAG